UGAGCGAGUGUAGACCGCGGUCGGUCGUGCCCACUUCGCCCCCCACUCUCCUCUCCCCCCUCUACAACCGCCGCCAUCUCCCACCACACCACACGGCCGCAUUUUCCUCCGCGUAGCCUUCCCCCCAUAUCCCAGUUCGGCAAGCUCGCCAGUCACCAAGCUCCUCCUCCUCCACAGGAAAAGCAACAGCGCAGCGCGGCUUCACUGGUUUCGCCCUCAAUUUCGAGAGCGAGUCUUGGAAGGCCUUCCAUGGCUCAGCCGUCGCUGCUCCUCGGCUCUCCGGCAUCGAUCGUCCUCCUCCUUCUCUCCUUCUUCCAAGGGCCGGUAGUGAGCGCCAUCACGUUCACCUUCGCCAACCGGUGCACGGACACGGUGUGGCCCGGGCUGCUCUCGGGCUCCACCUCGCCGCCGCUGGAAACCACCGGCUUCGCGCUCUCGCCGGGCCAGUCGCGCUCAAUCUACGGGCCCACCGGGUGGUCGGGCCGCUUCUGGGCGCGCUCUGGCUGUAAUUUCAACGGCGGCAAGGGCACCUGCGUCACGGGGGACUGCGGCUCCGGCGAGAUAGAGUGCCGCGGCGCCGGGGCCACCCCGCCCGCCACGCUCGCGGAGUUCACCCUCGACGGCGACGGCGGGAAGGACUUCUACGACGUCAGCCUCGUCGACGGCUACAACCUGCCCAUGCUGGUGCAGCCGUCCGCGCCUGGGUGCCCCGACACCGGGUGCCUCGUCGACCUCAACGAGCGCUGCCCCUCGGAGCUCCGCUCCGGCGGCGGCCUCGCCUGCCGCAGCGCCUGCGAGGCCUUCGGCAAGCCCGAGUUCUGCUGCAACGGCGCCUACGGGAACCCUGACACGUGCCACCCCUCCCAGUACUCGCAGCUCUUCAAGUCGGCGUGCCCCAAGUCCUACAGCUACGCCUACGACGACGCCACCUCCACCUUCACCUGCAACCACACCGAUUACACCAUUACCUUCUGCCCGCAGUCCAAUCCUUACAGUGGCAAAACGAACAAGCACGCAUUGCGGAGGCCGAGCCAUGAGCAGCUUGAAGACGACGUGUGGCUGGCAUCUUUGAAGAAAACCAGCGGCGCCCGUGGAAGCACCAUGGCAUCGUGGUCGGCGUCCGGAGGUUUUCAAGCCGCCCUGGCAAUUGCUGUGGUGGUUGUGCUUGCCGCGGCACAGGGGGGUCAUCCCCGUUUCAGAUGACCGGGCAAGGCAGGCGAUUCUUCAUCCCUAGGAGUGAUCUGCAGAGUUUUUUUUAGGAUCAAAAGAGGAUCAGAGCACUAGAGGAAGAGACGUGGAUAGCAUGUUCUUUAGGCCAUUUUGCUUGUUGAUAAAGAACAUGACGCGCCCUCAUGUUGGCAAUUCUAGUUGAUCUAGUAGUGGUAUUUCAUAUUGCUUUAUUGCCUUUUUGAAAACAUUGUUCUUCGGGUUA